AGCCAGGAGGGCAGGGGGAGGGGGCAGCUGCCUCCCCUGGAUCAAGUAAAAGAAUAGAAAUACUAAACAGACCCAUCACGUCGGUUCUGCCCCCCCCAAAAAAAACCUUGGCUCCGCCCAUGUUUCAGAGCAUGCAUCUGGCAAGUGUGGGUCCAAGCAGGCGCGAAUUCACGAUUUGGUGCCCCAGCUGGAACCUCCCCCUCGGGUGCAAACGGGGCCAGCCUCCUCCCCAGCCCGUCAUGGAGUCUGGUUAGUCCGGGUUUUCUGGUUCCCACAGGAGCCGCCUUCUCCUCGGUGCUGCUUAAUCCAGCUCGAAGCGUCUCUUGGGCUCGUGGGGUUCGUCCGCGCGAGAUCAUGGCUCUGUACACGCGGGGAUCGGCUGCAGUGGCCGUGAUUCGACUGUGUAAUCCUCCACUCAACACGCUCAGGUAAUUUGCAAGGGAAGACUUCUUUCUCCCAGGCAAGGGAUUCUCGGGCUCCUGGUUGGCGGGUGGAAACUGCUCGUCUGCAGAUUCGACCCCAGAGAGCGUCUUUUUGACCCCCGAAGCAGGCUCGGCCCCUGAAAGAUACGCAGGCAACGAGCGAGCCUGCAUGCCUCGGAGGGUCGCUUGCUGUCGCACCCAGAUUCUGCUUGCAUGCUUCCCAUAGGCUGGCCACUGUGAAAACAGGACGUUGCACUAGCUGCUUCUGUUUACAUGAAAGAAAGUCCCGUGGUACUCGGUGAUGCUUCCUCUUAGGUGCAUUGGAUUGUAAGCAGAGCCUUUGCACCCUUACUCGGAUUUCAUGGUGUUUACUUCCAAAUAAUUGUGAAUAGGACUGCAGCCACAACUAACUUCUUGCUUGCCAACCCUAAUUUUCCGGCAGUGCAUAAGCCAGCAUGAUACUGAGAUGUUUUAGUUUGGUACUGCAGAGAUACUUUCACCCUAGUUGGGUGGUUAGCUUUGUUCUCAAGUUUAACAAGCACACACAAGCAGCAUUGGGGACCCUGAGUUAUGGCUUUCCCCCUGCACUUCAGAGUUUCAGCCCUGAAUUUUCUGAUAGACGAAAGAUACCAUAUAUACAUGAGACAUGUGAAUUACAACUGUUUUCCAGCCUUUAAUUCCAGACUAAUAUAAACAUUUCCCUAUUCUUAAAUACUGUUUCUUGCCUGCAGCAAAAGUUAGUUCAGAUCAGCAUGGGAAAUCAGUACUCGCACACUCUUCUUUUCUUUUUUCUUUUUGCCUUCCUUUAUCCCUUGUGGGAUCAGUGACAGUAGAAAUCAUUAACUGGCAGAUUUCUCCCUGUCAGGAUCUGGACUUUAAACCUACCACACUUAUGCCCUCUUGGCGCUCUGCCCCACAGUUCCUCCCCCUCCAAAGCUUUGCUUACUUUCCUGGCUGCCAGUAGUUUACAGCCUCAGUCCUGUUUUCCCUCCCUUCCUUCCUUCCUUCCUUCCUUCCUUAUUUUUAUUAAAUGCUUUAUUGUGUUACAAAGGUAUGUCCUGUUUUCUUUCUUGGCUCUUCUCUUCAACUGUUUGUCUUCACCAUGCUUGCUUCUCAGGCUACAGAAUUAGCUAAAUUCCUUUUGCUACUCUCUUUAUCAACUUCCUUAGCACUCAGUUGUCCUUUCAUUAUACAGAGCCUCCUGGCUUUGUGACUGAGAACUGAUUAGCUUCAUUUUGUCUCAAUUGUCUGUCUCCUUAACCCUUUUAUUCCAACCUUGUUUUCUGGCUACCUUUCCUUCAUGGUUCUGUUUCUCAGUCCAUUGCCUACGCUGCAUCCAUCCUCUGGCUGACCUCCCCUUUCCUAUGUCAUAGGGCUGCUUCCCAUAUAAGGUUUUCUUCAUAGCCAAACUAACAACUUUUCCUACCCUCACAGAAGCUGGACUACAAACUGGUCAGUAUGCCUUGAAUAACUGGACAUUCUGUGGCACCACACCAGCCCAAAUUGUAAACAAUAGAAAACUUACUGCCACAAGUGAAAGGCAAUAUAGACAGUACAGUGGUACCUCGGGUUAAGAACUUAAUUUGUUUUGGAGGUCCAUUCUUAACCUGAAACUGUUCUUAACCUCAGGUCCCAUUUUAGCUAAUGGGGCCUCCCGCUUCCACUGCACAAUUUCUGUUCUCAUACUGAAGCAAAGUUCUUAACCCGAGGUACUAUUUCUGGGUUAGUGGAGUCUGUAACCUGAAGCGUCUGUAACCUAAAGCGUCUGUAACCCGAGGUACCACUGUAGUUGAGAACUACAGUUUCACCUACAAACAUUCGUUGAUCAAGUAGAGAAACUCUCCUAGCUGUGCAAUAAGAUGAUAGAAAUAUGUAGGAUAAGCACUAAUAACUGGGAAACACUGGCCUGUGAGCGCUCCAAAUGGAGAACAGCCUUUACCAAAGGUGUCAUGGACUUUGAAGAAGCAGGAACUCAGGGUGAAAAGGAUAAACAAGCUAAGAGGAAGGCACGCUUGGCAAACCCUCACUGUGAUCAGCUCCCACCUGGAAACCUAUGUCCCCACUGUGGAAGAAGGUGUGGAUCCAGAAUUUGUCUCCACAGUCACUUACGGACUCACUGUUAAGACCAUUCCUUGGAUCACAUUUUCCCAUUUUCCUUCUCAUUACAGGAAGCAGGAAGUAAUCAUCUUAAUUCUUUAAAAAAAUUAUUAUAUGUAAAAUUCCACUUUUAAUGGUAAAUUGUAACGUUGGCAUGGUAAAGAUCAUCCAAAGAAAAGGAAAAAGUCAUGGGCUGAGAAUCUGGUUAAUAUGUAAACUCAAAAGUCUUGUGUUUUUCAGGACUUUGGAUACUAUUAGGUUGAGCCAGGGUCGUGAUCAUGUUAUAAUAUACUGGGUUACUGUUUGCUAUUAAAUAACCUGUUUUUCUAUUCCAUGUUUAGCAAAAUAGUUUCAGUAUGGAACCCAGACUUAGCCUUUUUGUUUUCCAGUGGUAAGAUAGUUCCCUGAAAAAUGAUAUAUAAACAGAUAAUUAGCUACAAUGCAUUGACGACAACGGUGUUUCUGUAUUUUAGCUAUAAACUAGUUACUUCACUGGCAGUGUAAAGACUGUCAGAGAUGACGCUCCAUAGAGAAUGUAAAAUGUCAUCUUACUGAGUUUGUUCAAAUGACUCCAAGAAUACAAGGCAUAAGGCAUCAUUGGUCCAUCUAGCUCAGUAUUGUCAACACAACCAGGCAGCGUCUCUCCAGGUUCUUAGGUAUAUAUCUAUUUCCAACUCUACCAGGAGAUGCAAGGGACUGAACUUGGGACUUUUUGCUCCACCACUGAACUAUACAGCACCUCCCCUUAACUCUGGCCAAUGCUGGUAGAUCUCUGGGCAAUCAUCUGUGUGGGUUUCCGACCCACAGUAGUUCAAUAACAACAAGACUCUACAGCUCAGUAUUAGACUAUUAAAAUGAAGAAAGCUGGGGGUGGUAUUUUUGUGAGAGGACUUAGCCCCUGUUCUGGUGAAAGCAAAAAGUUAAUAAACGUAUUAGUAAGUGUAAGAGCUCCCCUUCCUGCCUAUCUUGCACCUGACUCCAAUUGGUAGAUCUUGGAAUUUAAGUAACAAGCAAGGUAGAUCCUGCAGUCUACAUAUUCCUGCAAUAUAACAUUUCUGAUAUAUUUUCUGUCACACCACAUUUUGAAAUGCUGAAUAUAACAAAUAGUAGCCUAACAGCCCUCUCCUAUGUAUAUUUGCUUGGAAGUAAGUCGAACUGAGUCCACUAAGGCUUAUUCCUAACUAAGUGUGCAUAUGAUUGGAACCGUAAGUCAUAUUACCGGUAUCCCUGACUAUUUUUGCAAAAACAAUUUGGCAUUGCUAAUGCCCAACCAUGUUAUAGGAUUUGCUUUACGGUUUCAAACUGACUUGCCGCAACUGCUUAAAUUCUCCCACACGAAUGAUCAUGGAGCCAUGGUAUGGAAUUGUAUACAGUGGUACCUCGGGUUACAGACGCUUCAGGUUAUAGACUCCGCUAACCCAGAAAUAGUACCUCAGGUUAAGAACUUUGCUUCAGGGUGAGAACAGAAAUCGCACAGCAGCGGCAGGAGGCCCCAUUAGCUAAAGUUGUGCUUCAGGUUAAGAACAGACCUCCAGAACGAAUUAAGUUCUUAACCCGAGGUACCAUUGUAUGUUGCAAGAAAGAACCACACAGGUACAUGCUCUAUGCUUCAGAAGUACAAGAACAGACAUGCAGUAAGGGAGCUGAGAUUCUAAUUGGGAAGGUGUCCAAAGCACAACAUAUAACUAAAGAAAUUAGCAUUGAACUUGGGAAAAACUCCCUUAUCUAUAUCAAUAUGUUGAAAUGUUCACAUGAUGCAGUAGUGUUUUUAAAUUAAAGUUGUGCAAUACCUGUCUACAAAACACACUUACUCCCCGUUUACUCUGGGGCACAUCAUUAUAAAAUAAUCUCUGUGUAGGGUGUGUUAUGUUUACUGUGAUGUGAGAUGUGUAGCACCAGUGUUUUUCACGUAACAAAUCAGUCAGCCUGGGUUCAAACUGGUGUGUUCAAAUGACUUUAAGAUUACUGUAUCUUCAGUUUCUAAUUAUGACUUUGUGCUGGCCUUGAAGGUGGAAGAAGUAAUGGGGAAUCGCCACAGUUUUGAAUUUAUUUCAAAGUUUUUGCUGCCAUUCUAGCUCCCUCUAGAGGUAGUUCAUAUCUUUUCAGGCUUCAUACUUUAUCAAUGCACAUAACAGUAAUCCAAAUGAUGGCUUACUGUGAACAAGAAAGUGUAAUAAUAAUAAUAAUAAUAAUAAUAAUAUUAUUAUUUAUACCCUACCCAUCUGGCUGGGUUUCCUUAGCCACUCUGUGUGCUGGUGCCCAGGGAGAAAACUGCAGCCGCUUUGUUUCCCUCCAGCUCUGCUGCUGCACAUUGCAGAGCACAACCACAGCACUGUCUAGGAUACAUAUUUAUGUACCUAUGUUGUUUGUAUUGCUACUGUUUUUCCCGUAAAGGGAGGUCUUUGCAAAAUCGCCUUUUCACUAAAUACUCUAGAAACAGCUCUGUAUCAGUAUAGUUACUUCAUGUUUCUUUAGAGUAUAUUGCCUGCUGUUCAUCAUCAAGCUUCUAUGAGAACAAAAAUUCAAAUAUUCUCAUGUUCACUCACACCUUCUCACUCCUCUCUUCUCCUCAUACCCAAUGACUUCUUUUUCUGCUUUGACCAUUUUGUUGGAACUGACCAACUACUGGCCUCAGUCUACGCACAGAGAAGAAUGACAUGGUAGAAUACUGAAGUACUAGACUGGGUUUUAAAACUUCAGAAUGCAGAUGCUCCUGCUGCAUAUUUGUAAUGUCCCCAUGCUUAAACAAAAUAAGAAAAUGGUUGCAAUUUAAAACAAACAAACAAACAAACAAACACCACUGCAUAUCAGGAUAUUCUAGCCCAGCCUACUUCUUGUGGUGUUAGAUUUUACUUACCAAUAAAGUUUUGGGUUGUUGUUUUUUUACAUAGGAGCAGCAUUCAGAAAUGGUAUCCCACACCUCCACCAUGAAGUAAUAUUAUCACUUUUCCAUCUCAGGUCAUUAUCACCUUCAACCAUCUCUUUUUGCUUAUGUGCGGAUCAGGCCUACAGUUAACUUCAGACUAUGAUUAGAGGGAGGCACAUGGAAGAGCAUACAAUUCUAAGGCUUGGCCAUCUAAUUGCCAUUAUUUCUGAACAAAUACAUUACAUGCACAUUGGUUUUACCCGUGGACUCAACAUAACAUCUUUGUACAGUUCAGGUCAGGUUAGAAUGGUUAGAAUCCUCCAUUGAGAGUUCCCAAAUAGAUUCCACACAAUUUUUAAAAAUUAUUUUAGAGAUUUGUUUUAUAACAAAUCAGAUAUUCCCCUAACGCUUUCAGUGAUUAUUUUCUUUAUUUUAGCCCUGCAACAUUACUGGCUUUAAAACGAGAUGUGAACCAUGCAAAUACUGAUCCCACUGUGAAAGCUGUAGUGAUUUGUGGAGCAAAUGGGAAAUUCAGCGCAGGUAAGAGCCUUUGAACUCAUGAUUGUGUAUCACCUUUUUUCUGCUGCUGUUAAAAAUUAAUAUGUUUUGCAACUCUGCACUGGUACCAUGGAUUUGCCUGGAAUCAACUGUAUUCUUAGUAUUUACUGAAAAUAAUCCUGGCUAAUUAAAUGCCAGUAGACUUAUUCUGAAGACACGGGUGGCGCUGUGGGUUAAACCACAGAGACUAGGACUUGCUGAUCAGAAGGUUGGUGGUUCGAAUCCCCGUGAUGGGGUGAGCUCCUGUUGCUUGGUCCCUGCUCCUGCCAACCUAGCAGUUCAAAAGCACGUCAAAAUGCAAGUAGAUAAAUAGGUACCGCUCCGGCGGGAAGGUAAACGGCAUUUCUGUGCGCUGCUCUGGUUCUCCAGAACUGGCUUAGUCCUGCUGGCCACAUGACCCGGAAGCUGUACGCCGGCUCCCUCGGCCAAUAAAGCGAGAUGAGCACCGCAACCCCAGAGUCGGUCACGACUGGACUUAAUGGUCAGGGGUCCCUUUACCUUACACUUAUUCUGUACUAGCCAUGCUGUACUAACAAAAGUAGAGUUUUGGGUGCCUUUCCUUAUAUCUUGUGAUAUCUAUUGAUCCUUUAACAGACCAUUAUUUUUAAAGGACCAUAAAGUGAUUUUUCUGUAACUAAAAUAGAGAGCCAUUUCUCAGAGUUCCAAGAACUGAAGACUCAUAUUCAUUAUAGUCUCUGAUGACAUCAAACAUUAUUGUUUUCCUCUCAUUCACUAAUCUAGCUGUUCCCAAAUAUUUUGGUAUGAUGAUUCAUAACCCUAAUUUACUUGGUAAGGUGACCCAUCAGUUUAUUGUCACAUGAAUUUUGGACCAUUUGUCUUCAGCAGCCAUCAAUUUCUGGCAUUCCAACUGUAAAUUUGUGUAUUUUGUAAUUAUAACUUGAGGUAUCCAAGCAAAAGUGUACUUAACAUUCCUGAUAAUGUGGAUUUUGUUGAAAAGGUUAAGGAAAGUGUAACCCCAUCCAAAGCAGGCAACUUACAAACUCAGGAGUGCCAGCUUGGCCCCACAACCAUAGGUGCCCGGGGCUGUGGCUGCCAUGCCGCGUGUAUGGCCCUGGCACCGAAAUUGGUGAGUGCUUGGGCCUUUCAUGGAGAAUUUUGUGGGUGCUCAGGCACCCAGGGCCCCAGGGAGCCAGCACCUAUGCACCAUCUCAUAUAACCCUGCUACCACAUUGCAUCUUCAUAGCCUGACUCACAAAGAUAGGUACUAUCAAAUCGCAAUAGCACAGGCAUUGCCUCAUCAGCUAGCUCAGGAUAUUCAGUAGCUAGCAAUUGAGUAAUGUGAGUAACAUGAAGCCAAAAUUCAGAUCACCUCACUUCCCCAAAGUUAUCUUUGAGAAUCAUGUCACGACAGUUCACUGAGUUGUUGUUCAUUUUGCACAGACAAAGGCAACCUUGUAAGAUUAGUUACACAUGGGUUUCACAUUCACCCAAACUUCUGCUUCUUCAGCAGAAAAGUAGCGGACAAAUGUUGGCGGAACAAACUUCAGAUCACCCUUGGCUAAACUAUUACCUAACCCUGGCAGCAGAUCCGGUGAUGGUUUGCCAAAAGGUGCUCAUCAGAGGCAAGCUGUAACAGUCACUCAAAACAACUCCCCAAAUGAGCACUUUGUGGCAAACUCUCACUGGAUCUGCCGCCAGAUGCCAGAGCAGUGUUUUAAAAAAAGUAAGACUCAAGCCUUUCCUACAUUUGUUUACAAGUGACAACAGAGCAUUAUAAUAUGCCAACAAAACAAAAUGCUGUUAGAGGUUUCAUCAUACCAGUUAAGUAUUGAAAGCAAUAAUUAAUUUGGGUUUGCUUAUAAAACCCAAUGACCCACUUGCACAGGUUUGGAAAACACUGCUCUAACCUGCCUUUAUCUUGACCUUGCUUAUAAUGGCUACAUUUGCCUAUGUUAAAGUUUACGUUUUGUUGGCCCUUUUGUGAUUAAUUGGAUCUGUUUGCAUCAUUGACUUAACCCUAGAACUUGCUAACCAUCUAACCCUUGUAUCUGGUUUUGUGUUAACUUCACUAGUGAUUAAAUUUUCCUUGAUUGUCAGUAGGGAUGUUGAAUGUAAUUGGGCACAGCAGAUCAAUGCAAGAUCCUAUACUAGAGACCCAUAGUGGGAAUUCUUAUUGACUUGACACCUGCCUGUAUAUAAUUUAUGGAAUGAGUUCUUUGAUUUUGUCUCUUAAAAAGCAUUACGAAUGUCUCAAGAGCAGGUUCACUAUCCGCUAUGCAAGUGUAGUUCCAUUGCUUUGAAAGACUGACCACACAACUGAAAGUGAACAAAAAGCAACCCUCGAAACCCACAGAUAACCUUCCAUGGAGCAAUGCCAGUAUCCACCCUUAAUAAAUUACCCACUAGAUAUAUUACAUCUCAACACAAUUUUUGUAGGCUGUUUUUCUGCCAUGAAAUUUUGCUUUAAACGGCAUAGUUUUCUGCAAAGUAUGAUUCAGCUAGGCUAUUUUCUUCUAAUUUUCAUACAUAAGUUUUUCCUAAUAAAACAAUAUGGGAAUUUCAGUGGUUCCACAAUUACAAGUGUGUUAUUUGUGGCUUCUCCAUCGCCAAAGUUCUGCAGAGAGUCCCAAAGACAGAAAAUGUAGGAUAUGCUUUCAGGAAACAAUGUUUGUACACCAAAUUGAAUCUUUAUACUUUUCACCCUUCUUGAAGUCUGUGAAUCUGCCCUGUUGUUGGUUGUCAUCUACCAAUUUGAAGAAGGGCUAAUCUGGAUAGUUUAUUUGAAGGGAUUGUAUAUAUAUUCAUGGUUUUGUUCAAUUUCUUUAGGUGCUGAUAUCAAAGGAUUUCCCAGGAUAGGUCAAGAAGACAUGCCCAGCUUGGGAGCAGUUGUUUCUCUGAUAGAGAAGAGUGAAAAGCCAGUGGUGGCUGCUAUUGAAGAGGUGGCUUUUGGAGGAGGCCUGGAAGUAGCACUGGGCUGUCAUUACAGGAUUGCAAAUAAGCAGGUACAAUGAUUUUUUAAAAAACAGCUUAGAUAGGUCAGCUUGUUGGAAGGGCUCCUUAAUAUAUGUUCUCUCCAUGAGUUUGAACUUGGAAUAUUACCUCCAACCCACACACCACCCAGAGACCUUAGAGUCAUAACCCAGUUAAAGGAUACCUAUUUAUCAUUAAAGACUAUGACAUCAUUGAUAAAUGAGAGUGAUGUAGCUCCACAUCCCCGCCCCCUCUGUUUUCAUUCAGUUUUGUUUGGUUUUUUGUUCUUGGGUGCUAUUGAAGUGUAUGUUCUUGUUUAAAUAAAUAAAAAAUAUAUUAUAAACCCCAGUAACUCUCUAAACAAGCAUCACAAAUAUCCAAUCUUUGUUCCAGGCUAGGGUAGGUUUACCUGAGGUCACAAUAGGCUUACUACCUGGUGCUGGCGGGACUCAACGACUUCCCAGACUGAUUGGAGUACCAGCUGCACUUGAAAUCAUCACCACAGGUAAGCUCCUCCAGAUGUGAAUGCUAACCAUACAGGUGUCAAGUAUAUUAACAGCUGGAUAACUAUACUGACAUUACAAGAUAAUGAAUAUCUAUGCAAGUAACAUGUUAGAAAAUGGCCGUGACAAGCACACACUAUGUAUGUAUAAGGUCCCAAGUUUGAUCCCUGAAAUUUCUAAGUAAUAAGAUGUAUAUAAGGUCACAAAAUUGGACAUUCAGACUGUUUUGGGUGGAGUUGCACUCCCCUUAGGAAUCCCUUCACAAGUCCCAUCAGUGGAAGGAUUUGAGCUUGCACAACAGGGCUUCCUGACUCUCCUCCCCCAUGCCCCCCCCCAUGACUCUGGGUUAGGGUUAGGAGAACCCCCCAGAAUAGUGCAUGGGGAGAGGAGAGGGAGUGAUGAUUCCAUCUGCCAAGCUGCAUUUUUGUGCAGACAGAACAACUGGAAGAGCGUGGCAUUGCAUUGUGCCCUAUAUUUCUAUCCCACUUUUUAGCUAGAGUCCUCAAAGUAGCUAACAACAUUUAUAAAUGCAACAGAUACACAAAGACGCACAUACUUAAAACAAACAACCAGACCCACUGGAACUGGAACUGGAACUGGCUGCAGAUAUUCCUUCCUGCAUGGCAGUUGCUAUAAGUUGGCUCAGGGUGAGGGAGUCCAAGUGGUAUAGGUCCCAAUCUUGUCGCUGCCUGCCUCCCUUGUUCAACUGGAGCAAACCCUGAUGUUGUCUUGUCUGCUUUCCUCACUCUCUUCUUCCUUCCCACUUCUUCAUGCCAGGAAGACAUGUGCCAGCAACUGAAGCGCUGAAACUGGGAAUCCUAGAUGGGGUUGUGGAAGGAAAAACGAUCGAAGCGGCCAUAAACUUAGCAGAAAGAGUAGUAGGUAAGAGUUCUUAACUGUAUUGGGCAGCAGCAUAACACAUGAGGCAUGACCUGAAGCCCAGCCUUAAUAUAAGCCAUAGACAAAUAUCAGUGAAAAUAUUUAUUUAGCAGAGCAAUCCUAUGCAUGUUUAUUCAGAAGCGUUGAGUGGGGCUCCUUCCCUGGUACAUAAGUGUGCAUAGGACAGUAACCUUACUAAGGUACAACAUUGGAAUGGUACAAAGCCCUGAUACACAGCAUAGUUGGUGGAAAAUAAUAAGACUGUAUUACCAAAUCAUAAAUGUCCAUACAAAAAUCCUUGGUUAACUUGAUGCCCUGCCAAUUAACUGGUGGAGCUGUUUUAUGUUUUUGUUUUUCAAAUAAAGCUAUAGGAUUCUGAAUAUCGAUGAUCAAGGGAUUCCAAAAACAUUGCUUUUUUCAAAAUAAUCACAUGACUAAGGUAGGAAUUCAUGCAGCCUUGGUUGCCCUUAGUUAAUAUAACCUUGUUCUCAUAGGGGUGGAAGAGCGUUCCCUGAAGUGUUACUCCAGUUGUUCGCAUUUAUUGCUGAUCAUGGAAAAUUUUUACUGGACCUUUAUUGCCUUAUUGUUUAUUGUGUUUUUUAUUUUAACAUAUUCAAUGUUAGGUAGUAUAUAAAUGUUGUAAUUAUAUGUCUGAAAAUAGUAAUUCAUGUCAGGUGUGGGGAACCUGUGGCCUUCCAGAUGUUGAUGGACUACAACUCCCAUCAUCCCUGACUAUCCUUGGCCAUGCUGGCUGAGGCUGAUGGGAGUUGGGAGUCCAACACCAUCCGGAGAGCCAUAACUUUCCCAGUCCUGUAAUAUUUGCCAUCAUAGCACUGAAUGUCCUCCUGUGUUCCAGCAAGGCUCUUUGCCUGGGUCUGCUAAAACAUAGGAGUUACAAUACCCCUGGCAAGCCAAAAAACACGGCUCAAGGCUUUGGAGAGUGUAUGAAACCCACUCCCAAAAGAGGUAAACACUCCCCAAGGAAGAUUGGGAGCCUUCCAAGCAAAGACUUUCUAUAACCUGCACAAAACCAUCUGCUAUGCUGCUAAUCUGGUUUUGCAGUUAUGAACUUCUUUCUAGGGUUUAACCUAAAUCUUUCUGUUUCCACCAUUUGCAGCUAAAGCAGUUUCCAUAUAUUUGUCUGUUUACUUCUUUGUUGAUAUCCAGGCAUCUGCUGUGCAGUGAGUUAAUGGACAAACGCCAGCAGAACCCUACAGGAGCACCUGAGGCCUGUCUGAAUCACUGAGCAGCACAUUCCUUGGUGCACAUACCUCGUGAAAAUGUGUCUAUGCGGAGUCAGUGUCAACAAAUGGCUGGCCUAUAAUUUUGGAGUCGAGCAUCAUUACUGCCAGUCGUAACGAAAACACAUUUGGUUAUAAAUUUUAAAACAGAGGCACGCUUGUGACUGAGCGGGUCUCACACAGUCAAGAAACGCCUAUUUUAUGAAACACAAGCAAGCUUAAUGCGACAAACAUAACAUGGCCAACCGCUGACUUGCAGCACAAUCCUAUACAUCCCUACUCAGAAGUAAGUCCCAUUGAGCUUAAGUGGCGCCACUGGCACUUACCACAGUUGGAGUAGCACAAGCACCAGAUUGGCUUGGUAGCUCUGAUCUCAUUUCUGCCUUGUCCAAUACCAGUAAGUGACCAGUAAGUGACAGCAACACUGUUGUGGGGAGGGAGGCUGUACACUCCUGCUCUGCCAUGCUGGUCAUUCCUGGUAAAAGAGUAUAAGAUUGCAGCCACUGGCUGUCAUCUUGUGCAUGGUUCCCUGCAGAGAACCUUAUUGAGCAAGUAGCAUUUACUUCUGAUUAAAAUAUUCAUAGAAUUCUGCUGUUAAUAUAUUUUUAAGCACCAGAAAACAAAUUAUUGAACAACUAGAUCUUUCCACAUUUGGCUACCCAUAAAGUCGUCCUUCUUCUCUCUACCCUUCUGAAGGCAAUAGUUGGCGAGACAUUUCCAAUGCACAGAGGUUCCAAUGCACAGAGCAGGGUGACUUCAGGGUGCUGCUGGCUGAGUCACUGAGGCUGCUGUCCUAUACGCACACUUACUAGGGACUGGGAGAGCAGUUUGAUUCAGUUCACAUUUUUAGGCAAUCCUACUAACUUUGCACUUUCUGAAACAGUAUGUGAGUUGAAACAGACGUUCUUCAAAAUCUGCAGUUCUCUACAUUUUGCCAUGCAGCUCUCCAGCCAAGUAAUGUUUACCAAAAUGCACAUGCUAGGGUAAAGCAUGCAUUCAAAUGCAUAUAUUCAGGAAAAUAUCAUACAAAAAUUCAUUAUAUAAGGGAAAAUAGCUUUGCAAAAAUGUGAAUGUUAAACAAAAUUGCAUACAAAGAUUGCCUGUGAAGUGGAGGGUUAAAAGUCUUUUUAAGUCUUUCAUGAAGACUUAAAAAAACCAACCACUAACUGACUUAUGAACUGAUGAAGAAAGGUGGUGAACUAAGCUAAAGGGUGGGAAAAUGAGAAACUAGGAGAAACCAAAAUGGACAAAUUCAUCUAUUCCUACUAGGGAAUAAAUCCCACUGAAACCAAAGAGGCUUGCUUUUGAAUAAACAUGCACAGGGUUGCCCUGUGAUCCUGUUCCACAGAUUACUCAAGUGGUGUGCAACUCGCACCUCUGUAAAAAGGAGGGAGGAGUAUUUUCAGUUCAGCUAGAUGUCUCGUGAGUAAGGAACAGAAAAUGUAUUUGGGGAGAAUAUGUUUGCAUCAGCUGUUUUUAACAUCACACUAUUCGCUUUGUCCACCUGAUGGCACUAAAACCUGGAAAAUAAUGCUGCUUUCAGCAUACAGCAGCAAAUACCGUCAAUUUAUCAGAGCUCCAUAGUUCUUUGUGUUCAUGGAGGCAGCUACUGUGCCAUUGUUCAGAUGAAGUCUGAACAGUGGCUGCCUUUUAAUACUAGGCUUUUUGAAGGAAAGAUGGAGCACAAAUGUAAAAAAAAAAUAAUGGUUACCAUUUAGCUGUUGGUAAUUCUACCCGUGACACAACAAAGUUCGGAGAGUUUCAGUGCCCAGUAAUUUGUAUGUCUGAGGAAGGUUUCCUGCAAAGCAGACCUUACUGUAAUUAUGUUGCCAUAAUUUUUCAAUGGCAUUUCAAGCAGAGUUUGGGGGAGGUGAGCCUCCAGCUCUUGUCUGGGUGGGUCCCCCGCCAAAAACCCAAAAACCUCCUCAUCUCCUCUUAAGAAUCAAUUGGAAAAGAUCAGUAAUUGCUGACAAAGAGUGUGUUUGCAUCGGGUUUGGGGUGGGGCUCUGAUGCACUCCUAUGGUGCACAUUUCACUACCUACAGUCCACAGAUGGUCCAGAUGUCACCUAUGGCAGGUAGGGACAAGUAUAGGUUGUGGUAUCUGUGGAAUUUAAAGUAAGUGGUAGACUGUCACUUUGAGAGGAUUACCUCCUGAACAUUGAUAUGUAAUAGAUACGAUAUGGCGUAAAACAGGGGAGGGAAACAUCUGGACUGCAGGCACCGGUCCCAGUUUGGCCUGUGAGGCUGUUUCCCACAAACCAUGCCCACCUACCCUGUACAUGAUGUCAGGUAUGGGGCAGGUAUGGCCAUGGAUAGAAGGGACCACUUGGGAAAGGAACGAUUCUAUAUUAUAGAAUAGAUGUACUGAACUUGAAGCAGGAGAAAUCCCACUAGAAACACUUAACUGGUUUUUUUUUUAAUCUUUUGCCAACACCACCACAACAGGAAUCUCUCCAUCAAAUUAGGCAAGUCCAGACAAGUACUUUUCUUCAAGGGACCAGAUGAUAUAUGGCACUUCCUGGCCAUUCUUGUGUUCUCACUUUCCAGUUUCUUCGGCUUCCAGGGACUCAGUUUCCCUAUGGAUUGCCCUGCCUUUACAGGGAAUCCUAAAUAACCAGGUGUUUGCAUGUUGUAAAUGAGCCUUUUGAUAUAUGCGGUUGAAGUCCUUGUACCAUAAGGUGGUAUACUAAAAUACCUGGAUAUAUUUUCUCAUCUUUCUUUUUGUAAAGGGAGUUAUGUCACAUAAAUAAUACAAUGUAUAUUAUCUUGGCUUUUUCUAUAUUGACAGUAACAUGAACUACAAAGAGAUCAUCCUCAUUAUUAUCAACAAUCAUGACAUUAUUUUCUCCCAUCUCUAUCUCCUAAACAAAAGAAGAAAGAAACAUGCAGGGUGUUUCAGAGACUGCUGUUUUGUAGAACACUCAAAAUAUGUGAUCUAGGAUUGUGAUUGGAAUUUAAAAUGUUGUGCAUUUCUUAGGUCAGAUUUCAGGGGAGAUGAAAAUAUUUAAUAUGGCUCAAUUUAGAUUGCCUCCAUUUUUAAUAUACUUUUGGAAAAUGUAGGAUGCUUAAAUUCUUUACUGCAGUGAGGUUUUGAAAUUCCUCUCUGCAAGCAUAAGGGUUAGAAUAUCCCUUUUUACACUUUUUUAAAAAAGUGUAAAUAACUAUUAAAUACUUUUAAGUUGUAAGUUCCGUUGAACUUAGUGUUUACAAGUAAACAUACUUUAAAAAUACUUAUCUGGAUUCAUUUCAGUCUGGGUCAGGCACAGUUUUAAGACCAAAACAAUCUUGGUCACCCUGAUGUAUCCUAUGUUGAGAGCAGGACAUGGAGAAUAUGGCUCUGCUUCUGCUUCUCAAUCUGUCAACAGCUUUUGAUUCCAUUGACUAUGGAAUCCUUGUAAGGUUAGCAGUUCAAGUCUGUGUGACGGGGUGAGCUCCCAUUGUUCUGUCCCAGCUCCUGCCAACCUAGCAGUUUGAAAGAAUACCAGUGCAAGUAGAUAAAUAGGUACUGCAGCAGCGAGAAGGUAAACGGCAUUUUUGUGCAUUCUGGCUUCUGUCACGGUGUUCUGUGCAGUUUAGUCAUGCUGGCCACAUGACCCGGAAAGCUGUCUGUGGACAAACACCAGCUCCCUUAGCCUGAAAGUGGAGUUGAGGGCCGCACCCCAUAGUCAAAUUCAACUGGAGUUAAUUGUUCAGGGUCCUUUACUUCUAACCUUUACCUCCUGGACCAACUCUGUGGGAUUGGCACUGUUUUACAGUGGAUCCACUCCUACCUACAGGGCUAUGUCAAGAGAGCUGCGUUGUGAGACUGUGUUUCACCUGCAGACGGACAAGAAAUUAAUUUUAGUUUAUCAGGAAAAGAUAUGGACUGACUAGUUUUGUCAUCUUGAUUUCUCCGUCCCUACAGGACAGCCGUUGGGCCCUCGCAGGCUCUGCCAAAAAGAAACUCCUAAGCUACCCAACAUGGAAGCCGUUCUUGAUGCAGCUUUUGUGAAGGUGAAGAAGCAGGCCAAUGGGUGCCUCUCGCCAGAAAUGUGUUUCCAUGCUGUAAAAGCCUCUGUGUACCUGCCAUUUGCAGAAGGAAUUCGCAGAGAAAGGGAGCUGUUCAUGUUCCUCUUGACUUCAGGACAGGCUAAGGCACUGCAAUAUGCCUUCUUUGCACAAAGGUUGGUGGAGAAGUGGGCAUUGCCCAGUGGAGCAUCUUGGAAAACUGCAGUCCCUCAGCCAGUCCGGAGAGCAGCUGUGAUAGGUAAGACUAUAGGAUUCCAUGAGUUAAGUUCAUUUCUUGAUAUCUUGUUCUCAGUAGCACUUGUAAAGUUCCUAUUCAUUCUUAAGCGUCACCUAAUUUGCAUGCAGGAGAUCCAAAAUUGGUGUAUCACCUCUUCAGUCCUGGCUUCCCUUCUCAGUAGCUGCAUCUCUGUUUAAAGAUCCUGGAGCUCAGCCUUCCUUUGAAUCUCGUUGCCUUGCUUCUAAUUAAGGUUGCCACCUCUAAUUCUGGACAACUUGAGAUGCCUUUUUGUAAAUCUCCCAAUACAGGGGGAGAAAAGGAAACCUAUGGCCCAUUAUCCCUUCCUCUUCUGUGAUAAGUUAAGUAGAGGGAGAUUGUUUUGCUCAGCCGGUGUAAUAAUAAUGUAUUGACUCUAUGAGAUUCUUGUGUUUGGAAUGUGAUCUUUGAAAGUAGGUCUUCUGCAACAGAUGCAGAAGGUAUUUUUGUCAAGUGUCAUGCGGAGGUGACAGAAGGUGCACCUACACCUACACAGCCCAUAGAAGCUCCUUUGCUUCUGGCCACCAUGGGUAAAAGUUCAGCAAGAAAAAGGGGCUGUCAGGCUUGGGUUUCAAAGACUGCUUUCCCCUUGCACAGAGGCUGUUUACUGAAAAGUACUUAAUCAUUUGAGGAUGUAUUCAUCCCAAUAUGUUUUGUUGACAAGUACCUUUUAAGAAGCUUUCAUCUCAUUGUAGCGAGCCACUCUUCCCAUUUUGCCGUCUCCUAUUUCUCUCACACCCCCCCCAAAUAAUGCCUUCAUUAAUUUUUUAUACAGGCAGCUGAAAUAAAGCUCUUUGAUGCACUGCACAGAUCUCUCAACAGUCCUUUGCUGUUCUGCAUAUUGAUCGGUAUACUCAGUGGGAGACAGCUCUCUAAGUAGCCCAGCCCUCAGCAAUGCCCCUUUGAUUUUUAAGAGACUGCCAGCCAUCUCAUCCCUCCUCUAUCCCUCCCUCCCUCCCCAGUUAUUAGAUACAGGAUGUGCUUUGCUGCAGUGGGUGCAACCUGAGCUCUCUGCAAGCUCACCUCAGCACGAGGUAGCCUUGAGGACUGUGGCUUCAUAUGCCCCUUUGCUUUUUCCAUUUUGCAAUCUUAAUUAACAUUCUCUGCAUGAGUCAUACCCCUUUAGAGCAAAAAUCUCUAUGUCGUCAGUUACAUCUGCCAACAAGCCUGAACUCUCAAGUUGCUAUGAACUCAUCCACUGGAGAACUGACAUUCAUGUUAAGCAGCAUGGAGCCUGAAGCUCAGCACAUGUGGGAGGGAUGUGGUUUAUUGUUCAGUAUGCAGACGUAAAUGUGUGUCGACCUGAUCUGCAUUACCACAUGGGCUUUGGUGGGAACAGUCUCCAUUUUGAGUUUCAUGGGAAAUCAUAAAUGACAGGUUUGCUGCUAGACAAGUGACAGAUAUGCAAAAUGGAUAUGUCUGUUAUGGAAAUACAGAUACAGGUCAAAACAGAAAUAUUAAUUCUGAAUUAUCAUUGGAAUGGAAUGCAGCAAGAAUAGCUUGCCCAGAGGAGGAUCUUACUCCAAGCUGAUAUUAAUCUAGAGAAUAUGUAGUAGAAACACUAGCAUCUACCAACAUCUGUUCCUCAUGUUGGCACCUUAUUUGCAUAUUCUUCAGAGACUACAAAGAACUUUGAAAUAAACCAGCACUUUAAUUGAACAUUUACAAUCUGAAUAUGUUUCAAUACAUUUUAAGCCUACUGAAUUUUCUGUAACAAGUUUUCCAUCAUUAUACAUGGGUCACUGUGCGUUGCUACAAACUUGCUUCGCUGCUUCGAGCAAACUGAAUCUGAAAUGCUUUUAAGGCAGUGUAGGAUGAAUUUUGCAUGACUGACUGCUGCUUGAGCAUAUCUGGUGCCCAGCUACCUAAUAAAUUGAUUUGGUCCUCUUUUGCUGUAAUAUACAGAAGCAGGGUGUGGGUGUUAAUUUGCAAAGAUAGCAUUAUCGAAAUGAAGGUAACGACACUUGUCUGUGGUGGUUGCAAUAUAUAUAACACCGCCUCCCCUGCCCCUGCAAAACUUGAAUGUGAUCCAAGUCUUCUCUUCAUUGCAAUGGGUAGUGCUUCAUUUGAGUCUGGGCUUCAGUAUUAGACCUAAGGCUCUCUUUAAAGAGCCAGUGUUGGGCCCUGCCAUUUGAAUCUCCAUUAAUCUUCUGCAUUAAUUAGAACUGGUUUUCUCAGAUUCUUCUGAAGCUAAGGUUCUUCUGCGUAUAAAGAGAUUUUUCAUCCUUCCCCACUAACAGCCAAAUCUGGAGAGAUUCAUAAACAAGAUCUUGUGUGUGUGUGUUUAAAUAAGGCGGAAUCGUACCUAUAGAUAUCACUAUUAUUCAGAUUUGGUCCACAGCAGUGGGCGGCAGAGUUUUUUUAAAACAAUUUCCCCCAUGAGCUCCCCCCACAAAAAAGCUGUUGUGUGCCCCAUAUGGGGAAGUAUACAGGCCCCAUGCAUACAGGGAUCCAGCUGGAAAUCAACCAUACAACUAGAAAAUAACUACAGUGGGAACUGAGGUCAGAUCAACUACGUAAGAUGACUUAGAGGGGGAAAGGACUUUCAGAAGUAGUAGGAAACAUUUAAAUAGAGACAAACAUGUUCCAGCUUUUCUUUUAAUUGUCUCUCUGAUCUUGUAAACUCUUUAUUCAGCUAUUUUUCAUCCCACAGUAUACUAGAGGACUGAGCCAAAUUGCUACCUUGUUUGACCCGCAUUACUAGGAAUUGAUCUUGUUUUACUGACAGCAUAAUUUCAGCUAUUCUUCAUAAAGCUGCUUUAGAUUAAUUUUUUAAUCCCUGUGGUUUCUAUUUCUUUGUCCAGCUAAAACAAGUCACAUUCAUAAACCUGAUAAUAUGGGCCAUGAGUUUUUAAAAUAAUUAAAUCACUGUACAGCAAAAGUGUUAGUCACAUAGUUUUGACCCUUUUAGCAAGCCUCAGACAUUGACAACUGGUUCUAAAUAUUGUUUAUUACAAAGUUUCCUCAUUCUGAUCUUUGGCCCCUGCAAUACAAAGGGAUUUUGAUCUGAUCCUCAUCAGGUAGCUGUCCCAGAACACAGAUUGAGUAGCUGUCCAAAUAUAAAAUCAGUGGGCUGAAACUAGAAUGUAUUGAGCAUUUAGCAGGCCAGCCUAGAUAGCUGUGUCACUGAGGAAGCACCAUGUGUAAGGCUCCAUAAAGCUUUGAGCAGAAGGCUUUUGGGGAACAUUGACUAAUAGCAAUUUGAUGCAGCCUUUCUAGAAUAAAUGAAGAUCAAUAGGUUUUGAAAGCAUGCUCCACAUGCAAGAAGGUAACCACCACACUUCAUGACAGAAAAGAUGGUUAAUCAGACAAAAAAGGUCACUUGAUUGUGAGGAAUUCCUAUUCUGCUACAACUUUUUCUUGGAUGCAUUCUGAUAUGAUGGUACACCAUAGUUUGUAUUAUGAACACAAGCAUCCAAGAGCCUUAGGCUUGCACAUUUCCUCAUCUUCUUCUUUCUAUAGGUGGAGGAGACUAGAAGUAUCUAGUGGGGAUUUGCAGCCAUUUUGUCCAAACCUAAUAACUAUGAUUUGUGUAAAAAUAUAGUUUACUGGAGUUUGGCAAAACAGCAAAUAUGAAUUGCUACAUAGCUUAUCUCCUCUACUCAUGCAUAGAGGAAGAAAAGGAGAAGAGUGCAAUUUCUAGUAUACUAUUGAACAGACUUCCCUAUGAAAUGCAUAAUCCCAACUCACUUGCACAGACAUUAACGUUGCUUUCCAUCUUCAGCCUUGCAGUAGUUUCUUUUCAGGAUGGUAAUGUUAAUUCAAAUGUGGAUCUUCUCAAUGGUUUCCCCCUCAAUUUAUUUGCGUAUAUUGUAAGUUAAAAGAUUGCCUAAUAAGCUCCUCUCUGUGGAACAUUUCUAAUUAUUCCUUCUCUUUUCUCUCCCUGCCCUUUUUAUCACAAGGUUUAGGGACAAUGGGACAAGGCAUCGUGGCAUCUCUGGUCAAGGCUAAAAUUCCUGUAGUGGCUCUUGAACAGGAUAAAAAGCAUUUGGAGCUGGCUAGAGGAACCAUCACAGCUCUUUUAGAACGGGAAGCUUUAAGAAUGCAACAGAAUGGCCAAACACUGGCUGCCUCUAUGCCUGGUUUGCCUCAGUUCACACUGGAUUUUGGUGCACUGAAGGAUGUAGAUAUGGUUAUUGAGGCUGUAUAUGAGGAUAUGACUCUGAAGAAGGAAAUCUUCCAGAAGUUAUCAGCAGUCUGCAAACCUGAGGCCUUUCUGUGCACUAACACCUCUUGCCUUGAUAUUGAUGAGAUUGCUUCUGUCACAAACCGCCCUCAGCAAGUUAUUGGCACCCACUUCUUCUCACCAGCUAAUAGAAUGAAGCUACUAGAGGUAAUCCAUGGUCAGCGAACAUCUCCCAAUGCCAUUGCCACAGCCAUGAGAGUUGGCAAAGCUAUGGGCAAAAUUGGGGUUGUGGUAGGGAACUGUUUUGGUUUUGUUGGGAACCGAAUGCUGAAUUCUUACACUGAGCAAACAUACUUCCUCUUGGAAGACGGCAGUACUCCAGAGGAAGUAGACAAAGCUUUGGGGGAAUUUGGUUUCAAAAUGGGUCCCUUCCGUGUUUCAGACCUUGCUGGGCUUGAUGUGGGCUGGAGGUCUAGGAAAGGGCAAGGCCUUACUGGACCCAGCCUGCCUCUUGGCACACCUCCUCGUCAACGAGAUGGAAGACGAUACAGCCCACUCCCUGAUAUUCUGUGCGAGAAGGGGAGAUAUGGCCAGAAAACUGGGAAGGGUUGGUACCAAUAUGAUAAACCCGGGGAAAGGGUAGCAAAGUCAGAUCCGUGGCUUCAUAGUUUUCUUGCUGAGUACAGAAAUGCUCAUGGUAUUUCAGUACGCACCAUUAGCCAAGAUGAGAUCCUGGAACGCUGCCUAUAUUCCCUUGCCAAUGAGGGUUUCCGGAUAUUAUCUGAUGGAAUAGCUUCUUGUCCAGAAGCUAUUGAUACCAUCUACAUCAAUGGCUACGGUUGGCCCAGACAUAGGGGUGGUCCCAUGUUCUAUGCUUCUGAGGUAGGGUUGCCUACGGUUCUAGCAAAAUUGCAGAAGUAUGCUGAGGAUAAUCCUGACAUACCCAAACUACAGCCCAGUGCCUUUCUGCAGAAGCUUGUAGCCUUGGGCAGCCCUCCUCUGAAAGAGUGGUCAUCACUUGUGGGAACUCAGAACAGCAAGUUGUAAUUGCACUGCAAGCAGUCUGGUUUUCCCAUUCCAAUAUUUUUGACUGUUCCAGUCCAGACUAAAACACAGCACAUUGUAGAACACUGUCAGUGUCUCUUCUGAUUCUAAUACAAUGUACACAUCUAUGUAUCCUGCCUAUGUGAGUGAAAUAUUGCUGCUUGCAGCGUGCUUUUUAUCAUACCUUCUUGAAAUUUUGCCUGAGGGUCUCACUUGAAAACAUUAUACUUUCAUGUCUAAUGAAACUACUCAGUCUCUCCAUGAGAUCAUCAUGGACCCUGGCUUAACAGCUCAGAAAGGGAAGGACAACUGAGGGGGAAGGCACAGAGUUGAAAAAUGCAGUGUAUGUGACUUUCUGCACCCACUGUUUUUUUCCUCCAUUUCUUCGUUGACUACAUUUAAAGUCGACCAGCCCAUGAGGCUGGGUGAGGCAGCCACUUCAGGUGGCCACCCCCUCAAGGGGUGUUACCCCCAUUCUGCCGCCCAGCUUUGCUGCUGGUCUCCCUGGACUCUGGGGCAAAGAGGGACUGAUGCCAAAGCUCUGUGGAAGGCUUCUCCCCCUGCCAAGUUGACAAAAGUAGAAGCGUUCCUCCACCCAGCUUUGCCAGUGGGCAGAGGUGGAGAUUCCCCCCCACACACACCUGGUGGUGCAGUGGGGCUUUGCGCUGGCUUCUCCUGAAGGGAGGAGCUGAUGCAAAGCCCCGCUGCCUGGCAGGAGAUAGUUCCAAAAAAAUUCAGAGGAGGGUAUCUCAAUUCCACCUGCUUCUGAUAGCUGUCAUUCUGACCUUUGCUCUUCCACAGUUAAUGUGUGCUAAGCAAAAAGGACCACUUCAAAGAUGAAAUGCAGUGAAGUGGAUAAACACUGCUGAGGAGAAAUGUGGCUGAGGAACAGAACUCUCAGCCUUGGAAAGCUCAGUUCCACCUUCUUACACAUUGAUGGUGGCCAAUGAAUCUCAGCAACUGAUGCUUCAAAGGCUCUUCAGUCUAGCGUAAACAAGUGCCUCGUUCUUGCUGUCUGCCUUUUCUAAACCAGUGUCUCCUCUCCUUUUCAAACCUGUGUGAUCUCCAAAUUCCUCAGUCUGUUUCUCUUACAUAAUUUGGAAUUUCUGUAUCAGCAAGUACAGAAUAAGUGCCUUCAGGAACAUUGAUUUUAGGGCCUGCUGGAAAUAAUGUAUCUCAGGGAUUCCAUAAGCACCAAUGGUGCCAGCCAAAAGGGCUUCCAAGAGUGCUGUACCAACCUCUGAGUCUGAAUUACAGUGCUGAGGCCAUAAGAUUGUCCAAACUUUUCUUCUCAGAUUAAUUAUUUCUGGAAUCCAGGAAAUCAAAAGUAAAAUCACCAAGAUUCAGCAAGGAUUUUUCUCCCUAAAUAAAGCUAUUUUAAUUAAGCACAUGUGCCUUUCUACAGUGUCCUUUCCUGAUUUCACACUCAAAACUAGUAUCACAAAGCACAUAGAACAGGGGCUGGGAAUCACCAGCCCACUGGCCAGAUUUGGCCCACCAGGCUGCCUCAUUUGGCAAAUCACACCAGGGGCGAACUUGGGUCUUUGAAAUUUCAGCGGCUCCUGGUGCGAGGCCAAAAUUUGCUGCUUCCCUCUCGCCUUACAUACAUCAUAGUUGCAACACCAUGAGGUGCCCUCUGGGCUCAGCACCCAGUGCGGUGGAACUAGUUAUGCUGCCCUAAAUCUGCCUCUGGUUACUCCCAGGGCUUGGCCAAAGGGGGCUGUGCAGGCAUUGCCAAUAUGGCAGGCCUUAAGAUGCUGAAUUUUCUAUUCAUGAUUAUUCAGAAGAUCUGGUGACAUGUAUUGGUUAAGAACAUUAGACCAGGAGACCUGGGUUCAAAACCCCACAGCCUUGAAUCUUGGUAGGUGAGGUUUUAGUCAAACGUAUCUCAUGAUGUUUGGAGAAUAAAAUAGAAGGGAGGGGGACUGUGUAUGUUCCUUAGAGAAUUGGUGGGAUAAAAAUGUUCUAAAUAAAUUCAAACAGUGGAUUUCAUCCUUCUCUCAUGCCACUCAACCUUGAAAUGACCACACCCUAUUGCAUUAAUGUGCUAGCCACAGGAUAGUAACUAGAACUAAUAUGUUACUUUCUCAGAAAUAGAACCAAACUAUAGCUCCUCCCUCCAUAAUGGGUUUCAGUUUUAAGUAGUUUCUGAAAUUCCUUUCCUUUUUCUUAAACCUAGCUGCCUCCUUACGGUCUCCACAUAUAGCCUGUAAAAGGGUUCUUGUGCUUGUUAGACUUUCAUGGAAGGAAGAAUUUCAUGUGUUGUGGCUUUUCCCAUCAUUGUACUCUGGUGAAGUGGGAAUUUGCACCAGCUAGAAUCCUUCUGCACACCCCUUUAAAUUAUAGACAGCCUCUCCGGGAUAGACUUGGCAACCCUUUGCCCCGCUUGCCUGUCUGGUCCACACUUCUCUGACUUCCAACACACUUUCCAUUCUUGGCAACAGCGCAUAACCAUUCUUAGACCUACUGUAGGUCCUGCAUAGCUUGUCUGCAGCCCCAUCUUUUUUCUUGCCCCAGUUUUGUUCACAUCAAUGCCUUUGCUGCCAUUGUUUCAAGUCCCUUAUUUUCCUGCCAGUGCCUAGUUGGUUCUGUCUCCUAAAAGCUGCCCUGGCUCUCAGUCAACAUCCUGCAUUGCUCAGUGUUUCGUUUGUCCCUGUUCCUCUCUUGCCAAAAUACUAGAAUUUCUCAUGUCCUUAGACACUGUGAGCUUUUUCCAAGCUCUUUCCAUCCCUGCCAACAGCUCACAACCAUUCCUUGUCUUAGGCCUUGGACAGCUUGCCUGUAGCCCCAUCUUCUUGCACGGCCCUCAUUGGACAUAAUUUCAGCCAUUUUCACUGCUUGUAGUUGAAUAGACUCUGAAGGAUGUUGGCCCAACAGAGAGUUCCCCACUCAGUCAAGCAGCAGAAGAGGAGCUUGAGGUGAAGGCUGAGGUGAGGUAGGAGUUUAGGAGUGCGUUUCUGCUACCAGUGAAAGAGCCUAUGAUAACAGCUUUCUUGGAUGUGGCAUCGCCAUGUGCAAGAUAGUGCUGCAUAUGAAAAAUUCACUAGCUAUUGGUACCACAGACUCUUUUCCUUGCCAGCCUCAGAAGAGCAAUGAGGCAGUCUAGGUCAAGGCAGUACAGUGGUACCUCGGGUUAAGUACUUCAUUUGUUCCGGAGGUCCGUUCUUAACCUGAAACUGUUCUUAACCUGAAGCACCACUUUAGCUAAUGGGGCCUCCUGCUGCUGCCGCGCCGCCAGAGCACGAUUUCUGUUCUCAUCCUGAAGCAAAGUUCUUAGCCCGAGGUACUAUUUCCGGGUUAGCAGAAUCUGUAACCUGAAGCAUAUGUAACCUGAAGCGUAUGUAACCCGAGGCACCACUGUAGUAAUGGUUAGGUGAGAGGGGUGAAAUUCUGACACACAUAAAUCCAGAUUUCCUGCCGGAUGCAACAGCUUCACCCUACUCAUGACUGAGGGCCAGUAUUUUGCACUAGCCACACAGUUCCUCCAGAAGUCACAAUAUAUAAAACCAGUGCUUACACCUCUAAAAGAAUAAUUGCAACUUAUAUUACAAUACACAGCUAAGGCUUUUUAACAACACAUCACAGUGAAAGAUUUAGGCAGACAGCAGUGUGGUUUAAAAUGAUGCCGUACUACAACAGCUCCAAUAAGUCUGUACCACAAGUUUCCUCAGGCGUUACUUUAUUUGUUAAUGCUAUAAUUUGUUUAAUGACAUAUUUCUCCAAGUGGUGGGAACUUUUGCUAUUGGCAUUGAAGCUCCUAGAUUCUCUCUGCACAAAUACACAAUAUUUAUGCAAGCUGUUGUGGGGUUUUUUAAAGAUAAGAGUUAAGCCAGUGCACUCUUCUUCCAUUAAUGGACUAGCCCACAGGGAUCUUUCCAAAGAGUGGAAGGGGGGAAGGGGGGAAUCACAUCAGCAUGCUAGGGGAGAGGAAAGCCUUGACUUUUAUUGCUGUCCCCAGCAGUACUAAAUCUCCAGAGGGAACCUAAGUAUUACAUUCAUGAUGGCACAGAGACGAGUUUAUACUCUGAGUAUGAGGGAGUACAGGAAAAGGCCGUUCAGGUUCUGUCAAAAAGAGUUUUUAAUAAAUUCCUUUUAGGCAGUGUUUAUCCACCACUUUUAUUUUCUCUCAGCUCUGAAAGGAGUCUGGCAGCUGCACAGUAGUGCUUGCAAAGGAGCAAGUGGAAACAGCAAUUUAAAUGACUCUCUUUCUCUCAUCUGCACACAGCAGGAUUGUAUUGCGCAUCUAACUCUGGCCGUAUUGCAAACUGCAUGCUAUUUUUGCUGGCCUUUAAAAGGAAGGUUAAAAUCAUGCCUGCACUGCAAAAUAUUUAAUGACGAGAACAUAAAAUGAAUUGCUUGUAUUUUGACAUCUUUGCCCCAGCUGUGACUGGCUCUUACUAAUUAUCUAUUUUCCUCUAUGAAAUCUGUCCUUGAAAGCAACCUUCUUAGAAUACCACAUGCUUGGAAACGAUGGGAAAUUCUUUCUGUUCAUGCUGUGAUUUACGAUUAGGUGGAUCUGGCAAAAACCUGGGCUCACAUAUUGAAUCUGUUAACACACAUAUGCCUUGUUCUAGCUGCUCCAAGGAAAGAAUGUCCAGCAUAUUAUCUGCACCACAAUCCAGAGACUGGUGGUAGAUAACAAGCUCACUUUGAAACCAGCAAUCUUCCUUAGCACUCUGGUUUUGAAGAAUCUAGAUGCAAGCUAUACAUUUAAAGCACGUUCAAUGGACAUUAAAAGCACACGACUUCCUCCAAAGAAUAAUGGGAAGUGUAGUUUCCCCCACAGAUUUACAACCCCCAGCAUCCAUAAUAAACUACAGUUCCCGUGAUUCUCUGGGGGAAAUCAUGUCCUAUAAAUGUAUGUUGGAUGUGCUUUAAAUGAAUGGGUUGGAGAUGAGGCAUAUAAUCGCAGCUCAAGUACUAUUGUCUUUUCAAGUACACAAGCCUAUUCACGUUCCUUCCAGGAAUAGGCAGCAUCUAUUCUCCUGACAGUUUAAUCUUCAUAGAUGCCUCUGUCACAUGCUUGCUGUUUCCUUUAACAAUACUUAUUACCUAUAUGAGUGGUGUGGAAUUAGGAGUAUGAAAAUGUUGAUUCCAACCAAUAAGUCUUCAUUGUCUUAUACUGUACUGGCAUAAGAUCACAUUCUCUGUUGCCAAGUUUAUCUUGGAAAAAGCAAAUAUAUGCAUUCACAAACACAAAUGAUGUGAUUACUUCUACUACCUCAAAGAAGCAUCUGCUUUAGUGCUUUUCACAAAAGUAUGAUUACCGAGGGAGAAAAAACCUCUCCCCAAAAAACCCUUUGUUAUAUCUAGUGCAUAACUGCAUUUAUUUUGGAUGCAAUAUUGAAGGCAUUUUGAGUAAGCUAGGAAGGAGAUGUGAUAGAAAUGUAGAACUGUAUAGCAAUUCUGCAGUAAUCCUUUAAAAUUACUACUUCUAUUCAUAUUCAUUGCAAAUUUUAAAAAACUGAAUAAGAUGGCCAAUAUAACCCAACCUCUCAAAAGUGGAAAGAAGAAAAGAGAGAGAGAUAAAAUACUGAAAGUAAGCAACCAAGUUUAGUAAGAGGCUAGGGACCUGGUACACAGUGUUGUGGAGUGGAAUUUUCCUGUUUCUAGGAUACUCCAUUCCAUUUCCCCUCCCACUCGGAUUUUCUGUUCUCUCUGUCCCUCUCCCCCCAAACUCAGUCUGCAUUCCAUGGCUGCAGGGUUAUUUUGGGAUCCUCUCCCUAGUUUUUCUUAUUUUGUAUGCCUGCAAUCCUUAGGUUCCCAUAAGAUUGCUUUGUGUGUGUAUGUUGAUGUUUUAGCUAUACUUGGAGAACUGAGAUUGCAGAUAGUAUAAGAAAGAAGGGAAAAGGUAAAGUAUAGUAGAAGUUAUC